CGGAGGAGCAGUGCGGAGCGGGUGGGACGAGCGGAGGCGCCGGGACCAGCAGCGGGACGGUCGCUAACUGCCGUGUUCCCUCCCCUCAGGCGAGCGGGCGCGGCCGGGCGGGGCGCAGGCGGAGCGGAGCGCGGAGGAGGAGGAGGCGGAGGCGGAGCAGGGCUGCGCCAUGAGCACGCAGGCGCGGGGCCAGGGCGGGCGCAGAGCGACCGAUCCUGACGGCGAGAUGCCGGCCACCGAGAAGGACCUGGCGGAGGACGCGCCCUGGAAGCGGAUCCAGCAAAACACCUUCACCCGCUGGUGCAACGAGCACCUGCGCUGCGUCAACAAGCGCAUCGGCAACCUGCAGCACGACCUCAGCGAUGGGCUGCGCCUCAUCGCCCUGCUGGAGGUCCUCAGCCAGAAGCGCAUGUACCGCAAGUACCACCAGCGGCCCACCUUCCGCCAGAUGCAGCUGGAGAACGUCUCCGUGGCCCUCGAGUUCCUGGAGCGGGAGAGCAUCAAGCUCGUCUCCAUCGAUAGUAAAGCCAUAGUUGAUGGGAACUUGAAGUUGAUCCUUGGCCUGAUAUGGACCCUUAUCCUCCACUACUCCAUUUCCAUGCCAGUGUGGGAGGAUGAAGGUGAUGAUGAUGCAAAGAAGCAGACCCCUAAGCAGAGGCUGCUGGGCUGGAUCCAGAACAAAAUUCCUUACUUGCCAAUCACAAACUUCAAUCAAAACUGGCAGGAUGGCAAAGCACUGGGGGCUCUUGUUGACAGCUGUGCUCCAGGCCUGUGCCCUGACUGGGAGACCUGGGACCCAAGGAAACCUGUUGACAAUGCCCGGGAAGCCAUGCAGCAGGCAGACGACUGGCUGGGCGUGCCACAGGUUAUUACCCCCGAAGAAAUUAUCCACCCUGAUGUGGAUGAGCACUCUGUAAUGACUUACCUGUCCCAGUUCCCCAAAGCCAAGCUCAAGCCAGGGGCUCCUUUAAAACCCAAACUGAAUCCAAAGAAAGCAAGAGCUUAUGGCAGAGGGAUUGAGCCUCAUGGGAACAUGGUGAAGCAGCCUGCCAUCUUCACGGUAGACACCAUCAGUGCUGGGCAGGGAGACUUGAUGGUCUUUGUAGAGGAUCCAGAAGGAAACAGAGAGGAGGCAAAGAUAACGCCUUCCAGUGACAAGAACAAGACCUAUUCGGUUCAAUAUGUGCCAAGGGUUACUGGACCUCACAAGGUUUCAGUCCUAUUUGCUGGGCAGCACAUCUCAAAGAGCCCAUUUGAAGUGAAUGUUGACAAAGCCCAGGGAGAUGCAAGCAAAGUAACAGCAAAGGGACCAGGGCUGGAGGCGACAGGGAAUAUUGCCAACAAGCCUACCUACUUUGACCUCUACACAGCAGGUGCAGGUGUGGGUGACGUGAUUGUGGAAGUGGAGGAUCCUCAGGGGAGAGGCCUUGUUGAAGUUGCAGUAGAAGACAAAGGCAACCAAGUCUAUCGUUGCACCUACAAACCUGUUCAAGCUGGUCCUCACAUUGUCAAAGUGACUUUUGCAGGAGAGGCAAUUCCCAAAACUCCUUGCACGGUGCUCGUCGGAGAGGCUUGCAAUCCAAAUGCGUGCCGUGCCACCGGCAGAGGCCUGCAGCCCAAGGGCGUCCGCAUGAGGGAAACGGCUGACUUCAAGGUUGACACAAGAGCAGCAGGGAGUGGAGAUCUUGGAGUGACUAUAAAAGGACCAAAGGGCUUGGAGGAGCUGGUGAAACAAAAAGGCUUUAUGGAUGGUGUAUAUGCAUUUGAAUAUUAUCCAGCUACCCCAGGGAAGUAUGUUGUCACGAUUACAUGGGGCGGGCACAACAUCCCAAAAAGCCCCUUUGAAGUUCAAGUGGGCCAUGAAGCAGGUCCUCAGAAAGUGCGAGCCUGGGGGCCAGGACUGCAUGAGGGGGUUGUUGGCAAAUCAGCUGACUUUGUGGUGGAGUCUAUUGGCACAGAAGUUGGCUCUCUUGGCUUUGCAAUAGAAGGCCCUUCUCAGGCUAAAAUUGAAUGUGAUGACAAGAAUGAUGGCUCCUGUGAUGUGAAGUAUUGGCCCAAAGAGCCUGGUGAAUAUGCUGUGCACAUCAUGUGCGAUGAUGAGGACAUAAAAGACAGCCCUUACAUGGCCUUCAUCCGACCGGCUUCAGGAGACUUUAACCCAGACAAGGUGAAGGCUUAUGGCCCCGGCUUGGAGAGGACUGGCUGUAUAGUGAACAAUCCUGCUGAGUUCACAGUUGAAACCAAGGAUGCUGGGAAAGCACCUCUAAAGAUGUAUGCUCAGGAUGGAGAAGGAAACCCUAUCGAUAUCCAGAUAAAGAGCAAGCCUGAUGGUGUAUUUGCCUGUUCCUAUGUGCCAGUUAAACCAAUCAAACAUACAAUUUCUGUUGUCUGGGGAGGAGCCAAUGUGCCCAAUAGCCCAUUUAGGGUCCUUAUUGGUCAAGGGAGUCAUCCUCAGAAAGUGAAAGUGUUUGGACCUGGGGUGGAGAGAACUGGCCUGAAAGCCAAUGAGCCGACUCACUUCACUGUUGACUGCACAGAUGCAGGAGAAGGUGAUGUCAGUGUUGGAAUUAAGUGUGAUGCUCGUGUAGUCAGCGAUGAGGAAGAAGACAUAGAUUUUGACAUCAUCCACAAUGCUAAUGAUACCUUCACAGUGAAGUAUGCGCCACCGGCCGCCGGGCGCUACACUAUUAAAGUGCUUUUUGCAGGAGAGGAAAUUCCUGCCAGCCCAUUCAGAGUUAAAGUGGACCCCUCGCAUGAUGCCAGCAAAGUGAAAGCUGAAGGACCUGGGUUGAACAAAACUGGCGUGGAAAAUGGCAAGCCAACACACUUCACUGUGUUCACCAAGGGAGCUGGAAAAGCGCCGCUGGAUGUGCAGUUCAGCAGCCCAGUGCCAGGAGAGGCAGUGACAGAUCUGGAUGUCAUUGACAACUAUGACUAUUCCCACACUGUUAGGUACACUCCAAUCCAGCAGGGUCCAAUGAAAGUUUUGGUAACUUAUGGUGGUGAUCCUAUCCCUAAAAGCCCUUUCACUGUCAGUGUUGCUGCUCCACUGGACCUGAGCAAAGUUAAAGUCAAUGGACUCGAAAACAGAGUGGAAGUAGGGAAGGAUCAAGAAUUUGUAAUUGACACCAAAGGAGCUGGUGGGCAAGGGAAACUGGACGUGAAUAUUUCUAGUCCUAUGAGGAAAGCUGUGCCAUGUCUGGUGGAACCAGUUCUGGGUAAGGAGUGCAGCACUGCAAAAUAUAUCCCAAGGGAAGAAGGACUCUACAUGGUGGAUGUGAGUUACGAUGGCAACCCAAUCCCAGGGAGCCCUUAUACGGUAGAGGCCACACUACCUCCAGACCCUUCCAAGGUAAAAGCUCAUGGUCCAGGUCUUCGAGGGGGCCUGGUUGGGAAACCAGCCCAAUUCACGAUAGAUACCAAAGGAGCAGGAACUGGAGGUUUGGGUUUGACAGUAGAAGGCCCAUGUGAAGCUAAAAUCGAAUGCUCAGACAACGGUGAUGGAACCUGCUCUGUCUCCUACCUGCCUACGAAGCCUGGAGAGUAUUUUGUAAACAUCCUGUUUGAAGAAGUUCACAUUCCUGGUUCACCAUUUAAGGCAGGCAUAGAAAUGCCAUUUGAUGUCUCUAAAGUCAUCGCUACGGGCCCAGGUCUGGAACGUGGUAAAGUAGGUGAGGCAGGGCUGCUGAAUGUCGACUGCACAGAAGCAGGGCCCGGGGACCUGCGGGUGGACAUGGUGUCUGAUGCUGGUUCCAAAGCUGAGGUCCAGAUCGAUGAUAACAAGGACGGGACCUACGUCGUAACGUAUGUGCCACUCUCAGCUGGCAUGUACACGAUCAAGAUGAGAUACGGAGGAGAGCAAGUGCCUAAAUUCCCAGCCCGGGUCAAAGUGGAGCCAGCUGUGGACACAAGCAGAGUUAAAGUGUUUGGGCCAGGAGUGGAAGGGAAAGAUGUCUUCCGAGAAGCUACUACGGAGUUCACUGUGGAUGCUCGACCUCUAACGAAGGCUGGUGGCGACCACAUCAGGACACAGAUCACGAGCCCUUCUGGCUCCCCCGCAGACUGUCUCAUCCAAGACAACGCUGAUGGAACGUAUUCAGUAGAGUACACGCCGUUUGAAAAGGGUCCACACACAGUCAGUGUAACGUAUGAUGGUGUACCUGUGCCAAACAGUCCCUUCAGAGUGAACGUGGCAGAGGGCUGCCAUCCCUCACGUGUGAAGGCACAAGGGCCUGGACUCAAAGAAGCUUUCACAAAUCAGCCAAAUGCCUUUUCGGUUGUCACCAGAGGGGCAGGAAUUGGUGGCCUUGGAAUAACUGUUGAAGGACCUUCAGAGUCUAAAAUUAGCUGUAAAGAUAACAAGGAUGGGAGCUGCAGCGCCGAGUAUGUUCCUUAUGUUCCAGGAGACUACGAUGUUAAUAUCACCUAUGGGGGAGAGCACAUUCCUGGCAGUCCCUUCAGGGUUCCUGUGAAGGAUGUUGUAGAUCCCAGCAAGGUGAAGAUAGCAGGACCAGGUCUGGGAACAGCUGUUCGAGCCAAAAUCCCACAGUCCUUCACUGUAGACACCAGCAAGGCAGGAGUAGCACCCCUCGAGGUGGUGGUGGCAGGACCCAGAGGACUUGUGGAACCUGUUAAUGUAGUAGACAAUGGAGAUGGCACUCACACGGUGGUCUACACCCCUACACAGGAGGGACCCUAUAUGAUCUCUGUCAAAUAUGCUGAUGAAGAGAUUCCUCGCAGUCCCUUCAAGGUGAAGGUGCUUCCUACGUAUGAUGCCAGUAAAGUGACGGCGAGUGGACCAGGGCUGAGUUCCUAUGGCAUACCAGCCAGCCUGCCUGUGGAGUUUGCUGUGGAUGCCAAGGAUGCCGGGCAGGGGCUUCUGGCUGUACAGAUCACUGACCAAGAGGGCAAACCCAAGAGAGUGGACAUUCAUGACAACAAGGAUGGCACGUACACAGUCACCUAUGUCCCUGACAAAACAGGCCGCUACACGAUUGGUGUGAAGUACGGUGGAGAUGACAUCCCGUCCUCCCCUUACCGGAUCCGGGCUUCUCCAGCUGGGGAUGCCAGCAAGUGUUUGGCCACAGGUCCUGGAAUUGCACCCACUGUGAAGACCGGUGAGGAGGUUGGUUUUGUGGUAGAUGCCAAAUCAGCAGGGAAGGGAAAAGUGACGUGCACCGUCCUGACGCCAGAUGGGACAGAAGCUGAAGCAGAUGUUGUUGAAAAUGAGGACGGGACUUACGAUAUCUUCUACACUGCUGCCAAACCAGGAACCUAUGUGAUUUAUGUCCGCUUUGGUGGGGUGGACAUUCCCAACAGUCCUUUCACCGUCAUGGCUGUAGAUGCAGAUGAUGCUGCCGUGCGGUCGCAGGAGCCUGUGGGUGCCUCCCCACCCGGAUUCCGCCCUUGGGUCACCGAAGAAGCUUAUGUCCCAGUUGGAGACAUGAAUGGCAUGGGAUUCAGGCCCUUUGAUAUGGUUAUCCCUUUUGCCGUAAGGAAAGGAGAAAUAACAGGUGAAGUACACAUGCCCUCUGGAAAGACAGAUACGCCUGAUAUUGUGGAUAACAAAGAUGGCACAGUAACAGUGAGAUAUGCCCCUACUGAGGUUGGGCUGCACGAAAUGCACAUAAAGUACAUGGGAAAGCACAUCCCAGAGAGCCCCCUGCAGUUCUAUGUGAAUUACCCCAACAGUGGCAGUGUGUCAGCUUACGGGCCUGGCCUCAUUUAUGGGGUUGCCAAUAAACCAGCAACUUUCACCAUUGUUACAGAAGAUGCAGGAGAGGGUGGGCUGGACUUGGCUAUUGAAGGACCUUCAAAAGCAGAGAUCAGCUGCAUUGAUAACAAAGACGGGACAUGCACAGUCACAUACCUGCCUACUCUGCCUGGCAACUACAGCAUCCUGGUCAAGUACAACGACAAGCACAUCCCAGGCAGUCCAUUUACGGCCAAGAUCACAGAUGAUAACAGAAGACGGUCCCAGGUUAAGCUUGGUUCUGCUGCUGACUUUUUGUUGGACAUCACUGAGACUGAUCUCAGUCUCCUAACAGCCAGUAUUAAAGCCCCAUCAGGUCGUGAUGAGCCUUGUCUUCUGAAGAGGCUACCCAAUAACCACAUUGGCAUCUCAUUUAUUCCUCGGGAAGUGGGAGAACAUCUGGUUAGCAUCAAGAAGAACGGGAGCCAUGUACCAAACAGCCCUGUAACAAUCAUGGUGGUCCAGUCUGAGAUAGGAGAUGCCAGACGAGCAAGAGUUUUUGGACGUGGUUUGGUGGAAGGACGCACCUUUGAAAUGUGUGACUUCAUUGUAGACACAAGAGAUGCAGGUUAUGGUGGGAUCUCACUGGCAGUUGAAGGACCCAGCAAGGUAGAUAUCCAAACUGAAGACCUAGAAGAUGGCACUUGCAAAGUGUCUUAUUUCCCAACUGUACCUGGCGUGUACAUCGUGUCCACUAAAUUUGCAGAUGAACAUAUUCCAGGCAGCCCAUUUACUGUGAAGAUAAGUGGUGAAGGAAGAGUUAAGGAGAGCAUCACACGAACAAGACGGGCCCCCUCUGUUGCAACAGUAGGAAGCAUAUGUGAUCUGAACCUAAAAAUACCAGAAAUCGAUUGUGGGGAUAUGACAGCCCAAGUAACUAGUCCUUCUGGAAGAAACUUUGAUGCUGAAAUUGUAGAAGUUGACAAAAACACCUACUGCGUCCGCUUUGUGCCUCAAGAGAUGGGGGUCCACACUGUGGAUGUCAAAUACAGAGGACAGCCAGUGACAGGCAGCCCCUUCCAGUUCACUGUGGGGCCACUGGGUGAGGGGGGAGCCCAUAAAGUGAGAGCUGGAGGCCCCGGGCUGGAGCGUGGAGAGACCGGUGUCCCAGCCGAGUUCAGCAUAUGGACACGGGAAGCUGGAGCUGGAGGACUGUCUAUUGCUGUAGAAGGCCCAAGUAAAGCAGAAAUUGCCUUUGAGGACCAUAAAGAUGGAUCCUGUGCUGUAUCAUACAUUGUUCAAGAGCCAGGCAACUAUGAGGUGUCCAUAAAGUUCAAUGAUGAGCACAUUCCCGAGAGCCCCUACCUGGUUCCCAUCAUCGCCCCCUCCGAUGAUGCUCGCAGGCUCACUGUCACUAGCCUUCAGGAGUCUGGAUUAAAAGUUAAUCAGCCGGCAUCGUUUGCUAUAAGGCUGAACGGGGCAAAGGGCAACAUCGAUGCUAAAGUCCACAGCCCCUCCGGAGCCGUAGAAGAGUGCCACGUGUCUGAGCUGGAGCCAGAUAAGUACGCCGUGCGGUUCAUCCCCCACGAGAACGGCAUCCACUCCAUCGACGUGAAGUUCAACGGCAGCCACGUGGUGGGCAGCCCGUUCAAAGUGCGCGUGGGCGAGCCGGGGCAGGCGGGCAACCCCGCGCUCGUCACUGCCUACGGAUCUGGCCUGGAGAGCGGUACCACGGGAUUGCAGUCGGAGUUUUUCAUUAACACGACCAAGGCUGGGCCAGGUACCCUCUCUGUUACAAUUGAAGGGCCAUCAAAGGUGAAAAUGGACUGCCAGGAAACUCCAGAAGGUUACAAAGUCAUGUACACACCCAUGGCUCCAGGAAACUAUUUAAUUGGAGUUAAAUAUGGUGGACCAAACCACAUAGUGGGCAGCCCCUUCAAGGCAAAGGUUACAGGACAGCGACUGGUUAGCCCAGGCAGUGCCAACGAAACUUCUUCCAUCCUGGUGGAGUCGGUGACAAGGUCAUCGACUGAAACUUGCUACAGUGCCAUUCCCAAAUCCAGCUCGGAUGCUAGCAAAGUGGUCUCCCGGGGAGCAGGACUCUCAAAGGCUUUUGUGGGUCAAAAAAGCUCCUUCUCUGUCGACUGCAGCAAAGCAGGUUCCAAUAUGUUGUUAGUUGGCGUCCAUGGACCCACAAUACCAUGCGAAGAGGUAUCCAUCAAGCAUUUGGGCAGCCAUCAGUACAACGUAGCCUAUGUCGUCAAGGAGAGGGGUGACUAUAUCCUGGCAGUGAAAUGGGGUGAUGAGCACAUCCCUGGGAGUCCCUUCCAUGUCACUGUUCCUUAAACACGCCGAGCGUGGGAGUCGCUCUUUGUGUUCAGAUUUAGAGUUAUACUGGGUGCAGUCCUGUUGCAAAAUGCAGUAUCUAGACACACAUGGCUCACAUUUCAGUACAGUCAGAAGUAAAACUCUGUAACGUUAUUUUUUACAAGCAUUUCACUUCUAUCCUACUUACCAACCUAUUUAAUACCCUCCUCAAAUUGUACCUUUGCAGUACUGUCUGGGUCACUGUUCAAUGUUUGGAGAAUCAUAUGGAUAGCUAGACACUAAUUUCCCUUGCGGACGGUAAAGACUUGGGAUGUUAAUUGAAACUGGAAUUUGUAAUUGGGUUUCUUAACUACUGAUCUUAUUUGACUGGAGACUUUACAUUUUAGUUAUGGAAUAUGACUUGGGCUGUCCCCAGUUCAAAUUGUUUUCUGUAAAGAAAUGAGGUAAAACUGGUACUAUAAUAGGUGCCUUUGUAUACUUGAUCAAUUUUAACGCUUAACAUUAUAAAAAGCUACAAAAAGUGGCUUUACCACUCAAAUUUUAAAUGUUUCUGAAAAUGCUUUGCUAAUGGUUUACAUUUAGGAAAAGUUUCUGUUUUAUAGCAAACCAAAAGCAGACUGCAAGUGAAUUCCUGGAAGCUUUCAGCCCUUCUGUGCUAACGCUUUGUAAAUCUAGACAGGUAGCUUUUUGUCCAUGAUGCCAGCACCACGGCUUUUAAUUAGCUUGGGAUUCCGCUGAGGUUUCUGUAACUUUACAAGUAACUCCCCACACUCUUUUCAAUUCAUUUUAAGAACAGUCCCCGGUUUGACUGGCUUAAAUAAAGCCUCUGAACUUGCUGAGCCUGCGUGACCCAAAAUUGAUGCAGGUCAGAGCGCAGUGGCGUGUUGCAAAGAUGAUGAGCAGUUCCCCUGGGAGCUGCAGGCCAAGCAAAUAGCUGAGCUGGUGCAAGGAAGCCAGUCUGGGGACGGCACCCCACAUCUGUAGUCAGGUAUGGGAUGAGAGGGAGGGUGAGUGUGUGAAUUUACCAAUAGCAAUACCAGUCAACAAACCCGCCUUUGGUGCAGGUCUCGGUAUAUCUCAGUCCAAGGACCUGCCUGAAGCACACUCAUCUCUCCUGAAAACCCCUUCAUGCUGCAAAAGGCAUUCUUGUGGAGGGUCAGGGAGUGAAAGCUUCCAUCAUAACUUGUCUCCUUGUCCUGGAUUACUCCAUGCUACUUCCCAAACACGUAUCUGAAUUGCUGUCAGCUGCUGGGGCUUUAGUAGACUCUCCAAAUGAGCUUUAACUCUGUGAUUAGGAAGUAGGAUUUGUUGAAAACCUGUUGAAACAUCACUGUCUGUCCCUAGGGAGAAGUUCACGCUUAUGGUUCUGUAGUUAGGUGUGGAUGCACUGCUCUCCAGCACAGUCAUUGGGGAAAUAAACGAAGGUUGGGUUUUUUUUUUUACUGUGCUUUUUUUUUGUGCCUUAAUGUGAAAUGCUUACUAUAUUGUAAACUAGGAAGUAAAAACAAAAUAAACUGGAAUAAAAUGCAGGAUUGUAAAA